UUAUAUAACUUUUUCUCAUCCUUUGAUUGAAGGGAAGCUCAAACAAUAUGCAACUAUCCAUUUGCAUAAUUUUCUCAUCCCAUUCAAAUUUAUCUUUUAUAUGAAAGGCAACUUCACUCACCUGAGUCCAACUGAACCCCUAUACACUCGUAUAAUUUGGUUGGUUUACUGAUUCGAAGAUAAUCUCUUUCUUUCUUUCUCCAUGGAAGCAAUAGUUUUUGAGAUCAUCAUUUACCAGAGGAUUGAUGUCGUCAUAUCCAAUUAUCUUGGAUAAAUCAGUUGAAAAGCCCUGGCCAGGUGCAUGAAUGAUUCUUAAAUCUAGAGGCCCACACAAAGAACAGAACAAAGUAAGAUGACCCAUAUGUAGAUAAGCAUUGGAUUGGUGUGGACCAGGCCAUUAAUUUCAUGAUCGUUGUGCGCCACAAGAAUUGUCCAGCUUUUGUUUUACUUUAUCUCAUCCUAUAAUUGUAGGUAAUCUCAUAUAGUAUGAAACUGUUCCAGUUGCAUAAUUUUUCUGACAGGCAAUUACGAGUAAUUGGCAUUGAAAAGAUGAAGCUUUUCUUUUCUAGGUGGCCUUCUCCAAAACCAGAAACGAAGCUCCGUGUUAGUUUUUAAAGGAAGGUGUUACCUGGGGGUUUGAUAGCACCAAAACUUGAGUAGUUCCUUCUUGAGAGAAUCAGUUCCAUCCAGAGUUAAGAAAGGGUCAGUGAGAGAACACUACAAUGGCGACAGAGGCUGUUGUUUCCUUUGCGGUUGAAAGGUUCGGUGACAUGCUCAUUCAAGAAGCAAUUUUCUUGAAGGGGGUACGGAGGAAAGUUGAGAGGCUGAAUAAAGAUCUAGGGGCCAUGAAAUGCUUCUUGGAAGAAGCGGAGAAGAAGCAAGAAGAAGAUUUAAGAGUGCGCAAGUGGGUUUCUGAAAUCCGUGAUGCGGUUUAUGAUGUUGAGGACAUCAUAGACAUGUUCAUUCUGAAUGCAGAGUCCCUGAGAACAGACUACUUUCUCAAGCGUGUCUUCAAGAAGUUGAUAAACCGCCAUAAGGUUGGCAACAAAAUUGAAGACAUCCAACUUACCCUCCAAGACAUCUCAAAUAGGCGGGAGGCUCUCGGAAUAAAAAAUAUUGGAGAAGUAACAAGCGGUUCGGGUCGAAUGUUGCAGGAUCUAAGACGCUCCUCUCCUCGUGCAGAAGAACGUGUCAUCGUGGGCCUUACAGAGGAGGCAGAUAAGCUAGUGAAGCAGCUCACCGUAGGAGACCAAAGGCGCCGCGUGAUUUCUUUGGUAGGAAUGGGCGGCAUAGGCAAAACCACCCUUGCCAAGAAGGUCUAUAAUCAUGAAAAAUUGUGGAACACUUUCCAGAUUGUCGUGCCUGGAUUUAUGUAUCCCAAGAUUGUAGACCCAGAGAGGUUUAUAUGCAAAUUAUUAACCAGGUUUCUGCACCAACUAAAGAGCAAGCAGAAAUGAUAGAGAAGUAUGGAGAGAACGAGUUGGGGGAUUUCCUUAAUGAUCAUUUGAAGGAGAAAAGAUAUUUGAUAGUUCUGGAUGAUGUAUGGAAAUGUGCCCAUUGGAAUAUUCUUGCAAAAGUGAGCAGCAACGAUCCUGAUUGCCCUGGAAAUGUUUUUCCCGAUGGGAGUAACGGCAGCAGAUUACUUCUUACAACUCGAUAUAAGGAUGUUGCUUUGCAUGCAGAUGCUCGAAAUAUUCCCCAUGAAAUGCGGCUUCUUUCGAAACAACAGAGCUGGGACUUGUUUUGUAGGAAGGCGUUCCUUGAUGCUGAUAGCGAGAGCUAUCCUCCAGAUUUGAAGGAACUUGGGGAAGAGAUGGUGGACAAAUGUAAUGGUUUGCCAUUGGCCAUCGUUGUACUGGGGGGUUUGCUGUCAAGAAAUAUGUCACAUACAGAAUGGAAGCAGGUGCACGAUAACAUUAGUGCAUACCUUGCUAAAGAAGGCGAAAUGGGAGUAAUGGCAAUGCUAAACCUGAGCUACAUCGACUUGCCCCAUUACUUGAAACCGUGCUUUCUUCAUUUAAGCCUCUUCCCAGAAGAUUAUGUGGUCUCCUCGAGAAAAUUGCUCCUUUUAUGGACUGCUGAGGGUUUUGUGCCAGAACAAGAUGACCGAAGAAUGAAAGACGUGGCUGAGGUUUACUUGAAUGAGUUAAUCAAUAGAAAUUUGAUUCUAGUAGUGAGAAUGAGUGUUAAUGCAAGGGUUACGAAAUGUCGGGUUCAUGACCUUGUACGAGAGUUGGCUAUUGAAAAGGCAAAAGAACAAAACUUCAUUGGAACUAAUAUUGCAGAUCCUCCACCCUCCUCCACCAGUUCAUCUCUCUUUUCAUCUAAAUCCCGAAGAAUUUAUUCUGACUUUGAGAGGUGCGCUUCCAUUGAACAUUUAACUCCAUAUCUUCGCUCUCUCUUAUUUUUCAAUUUGGGGAAAAAUUGUAGAGCAUCACAACUAGAUUUCAUUGUCAAAUGCUUCAAAGUGCUUAGAGUGUUAGAUUUGGAAGGUUUAGAAAUUGAAUGCAUACCCAGUAUGAUUGGGGAACUGAUUCAUUUAAGGUACUUGGGAUUAAGGCAUACUGGUCUAAAAAUGCUCCCACCAUCUAUAGGCAACCUGAGGAGUUUGCAGACUCUGGAGAUAAACAAUCUUAGACAAGUGCCAAAUGUGAUAUGGAAGAUUAAAAACAUGAGAUAUCUUUACAUGGAGAGGCAAGAGGGAGAUGUUCCACUGCAAAUCGAUACAUUGCAAAAUCUUCAAAUUCUAUCAGGCAUAACCUUCAACCAAUGGAUCAAGAACGAUUCAAGCAACUUAACUUGUCUUGAGAAAUUGAAAUUAGAAGGAAGGUGUGAGGUAGAAGGGGCUAUGUUUUCAAACUCCAUUGCCAAGCUACCUAGUCUUAAAUCCUUGUACCUUAAGGCAUCAGAUGAUUCCAGCAUUCCACCCUUUGCCAUAAACUAUUGCCUCCAUCUUUCUAAGUUGGACAUAAAGGGACACAUGCAAAAAUUGCCUGAAAUUAUUGAGUUCUCACCAAAUCUCACACAAUUGACAUUGGAGGCAUCUAGGCUAAAUCAUGAUCCUAUGGUCGUUUUGGAGAAGCUGCCAAAAUUGUUGACUCUCAGAUUGAGGGCUAAGUCAUAUCUUGAAAAGGAAAUGCAUGUAUCUGCAAAUGGGUUUCCUCAACUCAAAGUUCUUCAACUUUUUGGGUUGAGGGAAUUGAACAAAUUGAACAUAGAGAAAGGCACGAUGCCAUGGCUUAUGCAACUACAAUUUUAUUCUAAAACGAAGUUCUCGGGACUUGAUGAGCUGCUAAAUUUGGUAGAGGUAAAAAUUAGGCUUCCCAGGUUCCAGCUUCUUCUCAUGUUCAGAAGGUCUAGAAUUCCUCUUUGGGAUUAUACAUGCGGUUCCGAUGGAAUUCAGUUAUGCCGUAAAAAAGGUCAAACAUCAGCGAGCUCUAGGCAGGCUGUCGAAGAGUUAGCUGCCUUCCUAAGCUACCUUUAGUGGUGAGAGGAAAGCUGCAUCAUGGCCACUGAUUACACAUGGUUAAAUGAGGACCAGGUUCAGUGAUUGGGAGCAAUUCUUCAGAGCUUCCCAAACAAGGGUCCUGAUUUUGCUGUGAUUGUCAAUUCUGUAACAUCCAAGAAAGUUGCUGCUUUGAUCACUCUCACUGGUUUUUGCACUGAAAGAAAAUAAAGGGCCGAGAGGAGUUUCUUCAGCUUCAAGCAUAAUACAAUCAAGCUAUGAGCCAACUAGUUAUGUUGGGAUUUUGAUCAUUUUCCAGUUUUUUUGCCUCCCAGAAGGAUUUAUUCAUUUUUAAUGAGUUCAAAACUUCUUGUGGUGGAAACCAGACCAGUUUAAGUCAUUUUAAUGGCACGGCGCAUUUUCUAGAUUAAGGAGCCUGUGGUGAAGAAUUUGAAAUUCAUAAUCUUGUAUUAAUGUUAAGCUUUUAAUUAUUUUCUGUGUUAUCGCA